GUUUUUAAUCCUGGAGCUCUCGAUUCCAAAAUGUGAUUUUCUGCAUUUUGGACAAAAAUAGAGUGAAAACCGAGUAAAAUUUGAGUUGAAAAUAUGUAAAUUGUCGUUUAAAAUGUAUAUUUCAAUAUGUUCCUUCACAGUGUGUUAAUUACAGUCGUCGUAAGUUUCGGAAUUUACACGAAUUCGAGGUUUUUUCGUGGUAUAAUUUGAUUGUUUUCAUUAUGCCGGUUUCAUUAUUUGCAUCAUCUUUACAGUCGAUAAAAUAUCCAACGGAUUACAUUAUUAUGGUAUUGCCAUAGUUCAAAAUGGAUGGCUCAAACGAUCCAUGUUUUCAAUCGGUGGUGAUCUUAGGAUUGAAGACUGCAUUGCUUGAAGCUCAAGAUGAAAUAAGUCGAAUUACGAAAGAACGAGAUGAAGCUCGAAAGAAAAUUUUGCAAAUGAUCCAGACCAAUGGUAAAUACCAAGUAGAAGUUAUCAAUUCCAACGAAUUAGCAACUAAAUUGAAGACGGAGCUGAAAAAAGUACGAAAAGAAUUAGAAGCGCAUAAGAAAGAGCUAGAGAAACAGAAAAUUGAUUUAGAGAACGCGCAACGCCAAAAAGAAAAUGAGAAUUACAAUUGGAAAUUUCAGUACGAUCAAUUAAAAUCACUUCUCGAUAUUAAAACUGAAUUAUUAGAAUCGAUGAACGUCAAAGGUGAUAAAUUGAGUAAAGACGAUUUGAUCGAUUAUCGAGCGAAUUAUAAAAUUAUUAUGAAAAGUUUGAAAAUGGUCGUAAAAAAUCAACCUUGUUAUUCAGAUCACGAGCUUCUCGAAGAUAUUCGAAACAUUAUUUACAGAAUAGAAAGCGGCAGAUCGGUUAGUUUAUCUAAAUAUUUCGCCAAAAGAGCGAAACCAGUUAAAAAGGAAAUCGAAAAAAGCAACGACAACCUCGACAGCGAUGUUCACGAAAAUUCAAGAAUUCACUCUUCCGAUCCCGAUUCAGUUGACGAAUUUCCCAUUGAAACACACAAAAGCUGCGAAAAUCCUAAUCCAAACGUCGUUCAGAGUAACUUUUCGAUGAAAAUGGACGAUUUCUUCGAAUUAGACAAAAGUAUAUCGAAGAAUACGAAUUUUGUUGCGGAUAAAGCGAAUACUGUUGUUGAUAAACCAAAGAUAAACGUUUGUAUUACGGAUAUGCCCGAUCUUAUAGACGAAACCGUUUGUGGCAUUGUUUCGGCUGAGCCGAGUGAUGAAAAGAAUAUAGAUACGAUAUCAGACAGCGAAAGCGAUUCGACUUCUGGAUUUUGCGAUGGCGAAACUGAAGCCGAAUCACCUCCUAGUAGUACGGAAUUCGUUAACCAACCGUCGGACGUACCCGAGAAUCAUAAUUUCGCCAUGUGUAUGCCUGAUUUAUUAUCAUCGAGUGAUACUGAGAAAAAUACGUUUAGUUUUUGUCGCGAUGACCAAAACAACAUAUCCGAGUCUUCCAUUACGGUUUUGAAUUCGAAGCUGAAAAGUAAUAAGUCGCCAUCGCCUCGGAAAAAGAACCCUGAUACCGGAAACGAGCUCCAAGUGAAAAAGAUUUUAGAAGAAAUGAAAGAGAUGAGAAUCAAAAUGAACGAUCAGGUUUCUGUUUUGAGACAGUAUUACGAUGAGAAUUUGGACGAGUUGAAUAGCUGUUUCAAACGUCCCGAAUCUGUGCUUCCUUCGCGUCGAAAAUCUGUACAAAAGAGUAAAAAUAUCCAAAAUGUAGAAAAUGUCGCUGAUGCUAUACCAAAACGUUCGUCUCAAUUAGUGAAACGUGAUCCAUGCUCUAGAAAAGUGAAUAUUGCGGUGGCAUCUUUCAACGAUGAUGAAAUUCGAGAGAAGAGGCUCGAUUCAGGAUCACCGAGUCAUUCGAAUGAGAUUGCGAUGGAUUCGCCAGCGAAAUCGAAUCUCGAUCGUGUAGCUAUCGAGUCUAGAGUUGCUGAGAAACGCGAUGUUGAUGAAAUUCGUUCCGGAAAUAGUUCCUUAUUUGCUGAUGUUACCAAUAAUUUCGAAACAGCAACCGAUCCUCUUUCUCAGUUGCUAACCGAAGCUAGUUUUAGUGAUACGAUUGAUCUGAAUAAUACGUUUGAUUAUAGAAUAGAUGUUCUUUCAACUGACGAUGCAGCUACCGUGAUAGAAACUCAAGAACCCACCGAUAAAAUUAUUCCCUCGUUGAAUACUCCACAAACCGAUGUACCAGAAAAUUCGAAUACGGAGACGUUACCGCAGAUUACGUUGAAAUCAAACGUAUGUAAUUCUGCGGAAUCGAGUUGUAUAAAUAGACCUCUUGAUGAUGUUACAAUUGAGGAAAGUGACGCUGUUUGUGAACCAUCUCUCGAUAUCAUUUCAUCGCAACAUGCUUCGUCGAGUAAUGUUGAAAAACUUGACGAAGUUUCAACCAAAGAAAACCAUGCCGUUACUGCCUCCUGCGCUGAUCAGCCUACCUCAACUUCGAAUAUUUUGAACGAACCAUCGAAGUGUUCCAAAACAGAAAAAUCGAAAAGAAAAAAUCAUUACGCUGAUCUCGUCGACGAAAAACGACCUCAAGAAGAUCCUACAAUUGAGAAUAAUAAGACUGCUUUUCAAGAUCGUCUCGAUAACGUUUCAACGCAUAAUGCUUCGUCGAAUAAAGUUGAAAAAUCUCACGAAGAUUCAUCCAAAGAAAGCAAUCCUGUCACUGAUCCUGUGGUUGCAGAACAGCUUACCUCAACUUCAAAUGUUUCGAAUCGAAAGUCAGUCGAAAAAUCGUCUAAACUUUUGAAGACAGAAAAAGUGAAACCCAAUAAUCGUCGCGCUGAUCUCGUCAACGAAAAACAAUCGCUCUCUUCUAGUAACGUUGAAAACUCUCGUGAAGUUCCAAGCGAAGAAAGUAACACCGUUCCUGAUCCUAGUCCUGGUAUUGCUUCAUUAGUUACCGAUGUAUCGAAUGAACAGCCCCCAACUUUAAAUAUUUCGAAUCGGAACUCGGACAAAAAAUCGUCCGAAUCUUGCAAAACAACGAAAGUGAAACAAGAAACCAGCGAUUCUGAUCUUGUUAACGAGAAACCCAUCGAAGGAGCGUCGAAGAAAAGAAAAAAUCCUCGAAAACCGACCAAACCAAAACAAGUAUCACUCAGCGACGAUCAACAAACGCAGUCUACUUGUGAAGAAGCAAACGAUAGGAUGGCAAAGCUUAUUUCCUCUUACGAAGCCGUAAUAGCCGAGGUUGCCUCGUCAUAUGUUCAAGAACCAGUGGAAGAAUCUCAAGUCGAUAUUGUUUCGGUUCCUGUAAGCGAUGUCGACCCUACACCUAGUUCGGAUUCUGCAGAUGCAACGAAUGAAAACGACCUCGCGAUGGUUUCAACAGCUACUCAACAACUUGCUGAUUCGUCGGCUUUGAUAACGCAGACAGAUGCUGUAAUUUUAGAAGCCUCGAACGAAUCUUCUAUUCUUGAAAACAACCCCGCUAUCGAUUCUAAUACGAUUGAUGAGCAAAUUGUUGAAGUUCCCGAAAAACACCAGAAUAGAUGUCCCAAAACGGAAUUGAAAAAUUUACAAAAUGAAGAUGAUCCGACCGAAACCGAAACAGAACAGUCCGCAAAUUCGUUCACUUUGUCGAGGAAUGAAAACGCCAAAAUUUUAGAACAUCCGGAAAAGCCCUCCAUUCCAGAAAAUAACGCCAAAAGUACCUCAACUGACGAUUCUAACCCUACGGAUGAAAAAAUACCGGAAGAUGUUCCCAAAAAGCGCCAGUGUAGGCGUCCCAGAAAGACAUUGGAAAAUUUACAAAAUGAAGAUAAUCCGACCGAAGCCGAAACAAAACAGUCCACAAAUUCGUUCACUUCGUCAAAGAAUGAAAACGCCUCAAUUUUAGAACAUCCGGAAAAGCCCUCUGUUCCAGAAAAUAACGCCAAAAGUACAUCAACCGACGAUUCUAACCUCGCAGAAGAAAAAAUACCGGAAGAUGUUCCCAAAAAGCGCGGACGACGCCCUAAAAAAGCAUCGUGCGAUGCGCCCGAAAAAACAAAAACAACCUCCGAAAAGACUGUUUCCGUGUUGGAAAAUUCAAACGUAUCCUCCGUCCUCGAAAACAACACCAAAAGUGACUCGGUUGACGAUUCUGAAGUUAGCAAAGAAGAAACUUCGGAACAAGUCAUCAAAAGGCGCGGUCGUCCUAAAAAAGUUUCGCGCGGUCGUCCUAGAAAAGUUUCGUUAGAUUCGCAACAUUCGUCUAAUAAGUCGACAAAUGCUUCUCCUGCGAAAGCCAAGAGAAAAGGAGCCAUUGUAGAAAAACCAGGCAAAUCAUCCGUUCUCGUAAUGAGAUUGAGAAGCUCGCCGAUGAAACGCAAAUGUGGACGUCCUAGCAAAACACCACCAGCUCCUAAAUCUGAGCCACGAAAUUCCACUAAACCAGAUUCAGAUAAUGUUGAAACUACGACUCGUGUAAGUCGCCGAAAAUCGAGCAGGAUAGUCGCUGAAAACUCCGAUCCCUCGUGUACCAUGAAUAAUGGAAUGGAGCGUCGAAAACGUAAAGGAAAAUACGUGGAAAUCUUAGAUUCACUCAAAUGCAAAACGAAACGUAGAAAAUCCGAUUACGAUGCAGUAUCGAUUGAGCUAAACGAUGAUGUGAAACCGCAGCAACGUCGAGGCCGUAAAAGGAAAGCUUCUUUGCCUAUUGAAACUUUCGAAAGCGCCACCCAAACUAACUGGUCACCUAGUUCGAAAUCGACUACUUCCCGAGACGCUAAAAGGAUCAAUGAACUCGAAAAGGCCACAGAGUGCGAACCUGAAUCAGUAGUUCACCUCCACGAACCAUCGCCGCAAAUCAUCGAUAAUGAUCGACAAAUUGACAAACAGAUUCGGCCAUCGAAUACCAACAAUGAUGAUCGUGCUCUUGAUGAGAUUUCGUUCAAAGACACGUCGACGGAACCCAAGCAACUCGAAAUUCCGACCGAAUUCAACGAUCUAAGCAUAUUAGCUUCACGAGCAAAUCAAAUCAAAAUGACAGAUUUGUCCAUGUUACCGUCAUCUCACCCUCUUCCUCAAUUCGUCGAACAUAUGUCGAAAAUGAUUCAAGAAAAAGUUAUGUCUAUGAUUUUCGCGAAAUCCUCUCCAGUAACCGGUGAAAAUCUUGUUGCAGCUGUCGAAUCGAAACGUGAAACUGCUCAGAAUGAAAUACCUAGUAGCUCGCUGUCGAACGUAGAUCCACGAGAACCUGUUCCAGCUGCAGUUGAAGCCGGAUUCGUUCGCAAUCCGUCCUCGGUAGCGGAAUGUAAUGUAGAAAUUAAUACAGUAUCGAGUGUUCGAGUCUCAGAUGAUCCUAAAGUUACAAUUCCCGUAGCGAAAUCAAAUUUAGAACGUGCUCCGGAGCUACCGGAUUCGUCAAUUGAAUCGAAACAUGACCAGGAAUCGAUUUCCGUGCCGGAGAUUGCAAGUACGAGUCAACUAGAAGAAAUUCCAGCUGCGAAACUCGCGCCAGAUUGUGUUCCUAAUUCGUCGGAAUCUGAAAAUGAUACAGAAUCGGAUGAAAAACAUGGUUUAGAAACUGCAAAUCGGGUGAUUCCGGUUGAGGAGUCGAAGAAACCAUCGAGUCCAGAUGUAUCUGAUUCGUCUACCAAAAUAGAAAACAAGAAAGAAUCGAUUUCGAUAUCCAGUUUUCAAACCACAGAUCAACUGAAUAAUGGUCCAAAAUCCGAGUCGAAAAUUGCCGAAAAAUUUAUUACUGUACAAACCACGAAUCAAUCGGAAGCGAUACCUGUCUCGAAUCGUAAAGAAGAAAGUAUUUCAAAACGAUCGGAAUCAGAAAACGACGAAGAAUCCGUAGAAAAAUCAGUCCAGUUCGUAGAUCAAACAGUUGGUGCUUCGAAGACGACGAAAUCAGAGCAAACGAACGUCACCAGUUCGACUUCGACAAAAUUACAGAGCACCGCUACAUCGUGUACGAUGAAAUCGAUUUUCGAUUGCGAAGCUGACGAAUCGCCGACGAAAGCGGUACGCAAAAAGGUAUGCUUUUCGAUCCCGGAAGUAUCCGACGAACGUUGCGAUAGUCCAGCUUCGAUGAUCGAUUCCGAUGACGAUGCGCCUAUCGAGAUUUCUUCCAAGAUGAUUCCCACAUCGCAUACUCACUCCUCGAAUAUCGACGAAUCUAGUCAUUUAGUUGAAAACGAACCCAUUUCGCGAAUACUACGUUACGAAGAAGAAGCUUCGAAUUCGAGCGCAUUAAGCAGUCACGUCUCCGAACUGGAUGUGAACGUGGAACUCGUAUCGCAAUUUGAGGGCGUUCGAACGCCGCCCAAAAUCAAAGAUUUAUUCGAUUCGUCCGACGACGAUGAGAAUUCGAAAAACGACGUUUUCAAUAUUAUCGAAGAGAUGACUUCUAUCAGCCGAUCUUUAUUCGAAAGACAGAAGGAAUUGGCUGAAUUCUCGCUGCUGCGUUCGCCUCCUUUGAUCGAAUCUGCAGUUGUACCGUCUCCUUCCAAGUUGCAGAAGUAUUCGCCAUCCAGGAACACGGUCGCGGAAUGUCAGUCGUUAUAUUCGCCUUCGCAGAAUAACAUAUCUAGAGACGAGGAUGAUUCGGAGGACGAAAAUUGGGUGAUUGCCGAAGAAGACGAUCUAGUCAACGAUAGCAACGUCGACGGUAUUGAAAUUAAUAAAUUAAAUUGCAACGAUACGAAUCCCGUCUGCGCUUCACCCGCAUAUACGAAAUCACUGAAGCCUUCGAAUGCGAGUUAUAAUUCAUUAUCGAACCAGAUCACCAAUUACAACACUGGAACCGGUCUCUAUAGACAAUUUAACGAGCCUGUGUCUCGGAGGAAAGUUGUCGAUGAAUGUCCAGCUAGCUCGAGCAAUACCGUAAACUUACAAUAUUACAAAGAAAACGUCGAACUGGAAAAUCAAGGCGGUACCUCGAGAGCAUUAUCGCCUUUCGAAACUGUGUGGCAGAGUCUUAAAUCGUUGUAUGUGAAAAGUGCUGAUUCCGGUGAAGAAGUCAAUUUGAUCUCAUGCGAAUGCGAUCAGCAAUCGAUCGCCCGAAAGGCUUUCUUUUUCAGGAGUCAAAAACCAUAUGUGAAUAGAUGGGAUUUCACCGUGGAAGAUGAUAAAAUGGCGAGCGUAGAGAAGUCGAUUGAAAAGUUUUUGGAGUAUGUUCGAGGAAAUAGAUACGUGCGUGUGAAAGAUUUCACCGAGUCGGAAGAGUGGACUCCUACCAAUUCAGUUACCAUUGCUACUGUUCUAAUCGAUAUGGUAAUGAAGUAUUCCAAUCGACCCAUGAGAGAGCUCAAAGAAACGCUGGGAUAUUUAUCAAAUUUGAGCAUCGAUUUAGAAACCGUUCACGCAGGCUUUGUGGAACUAUUGCAAACAACGCUCAAAGAGAAAAUUUUUUCAAAAACCUGGAAGGUGGAUAAGACCAGCAGUACAAACCAGGUGUCGUGUGUUAUUGCGAUGAGCGUUUUUUUCACAAUGUUGAGUCAGCGUUCGAACGAUGUGAAAAGCGUUAAAGAUUUAUUGUUCGAGGGUUUGUAUUCGUGGAAAUAUCGAGUGCAUCAGAUUGCAUUUGGCGUUUUGAACGCGUGUCCGACCAUAUUCAACGACGCAUCUAGAAAUUGUCUCUUGACUCAAAUUAUCCUGUUUACGUUGAUAAAUCAUUCGAUGAAGAAAAAUCUAGACUUGUUUAAAGUACUCGAAGUACGAGAGAUGAUUGGACAGCAUUAUAAAGUGAAGUUGGGCGACAAAGCGGCAGAAGAUUACGUCAAGGAGGCCAUGUUACUCUUUAACGAUGACACUUGGGUCGAUGCUAUGGUGCUUCUGUGUCACAGAAAAGAAUUCCCGUGGUCGUACACGAACGUGAUAAUGAAAUAUUUAAUUCAAAUUGUUAACAAAUGGAAAGAAGAGAAUUUCAACGAGAUGAUUUUGAUAAAAACUAUUCAAGCGCUAAGUAAAAUUGUGCAGGUCUGUCGAUUCAAAGAUGUUAUUAGUUCGAAUAUGACCAAGAAAAAGAUGCCAGCUAAUUCGAAUUAUCCGAUGUACAAUAUUGGCUCUAUUAUCAAGUCUUUAUCAGAAGUACUGUACUGUGAAAAAGGUUCGCGAGAAUUACGAGAAACGGUUGCCAUAGCCAUAUGCAACAUUAGUCAUUUGGAUUUCGAAACUUGUUUGAAUAUUUUAUCGACUUGGGAACCUCCCGAAUGCUCGAUCAGUGACAAAGCUCUAGAAGAAAUGAACGUAAUCAUGAGACGUCGCCCAAAACCGGAUUCGGAUUCGGAUCCGCGCGUACCGAAUCUAUGGGAAAGGACUUUUUCUCCCAGGAAACCGAUGAGACGUACGAAUCAAUUCGUACCUCGCAGAUUUAACGGCGGCGCCGGUGGUGAUUCGACGAUGCAUCAGCAUCAACAGCAACGUCAACACCAGUCGCCGAUACCUAAAUUUCGCGAGAAAAAUUCAGCUUUCAGCGAACCACCGAAAAAGAAGAAAAAGAAGAAGAAAAACAAAGGUAAGAAAAAUCGAGAUAAUCGAGAACAAACUAUAAGUUGAAACUCAAUGUGAUAAAUUAUUUUUGUAAUGUGGUAAAAUAAUUUUUAUUUUUUAGUAUUCUUUUUUUUUUUUUGCUACUCGUAAGAGUAAUUACCAUUUUUUUUAAACGUAAGAACGAUUCACUUGUAUUGUUUUUUUUUCUAUAUUUUUUUCAUUUUUUUUUUUUCGUAUAUAAAAUUAUGAAGUUUUUAAGCAUUAACAGUAAGAAUGUGGACGAUGAUUGGAUUUUUUUACGAGAUUAGUAUCGUUAUAUUUUUUUUUUCAUUCUUUAUUCAUUUUUUUUUUUUUUUUUUUCAUUUAAUAUUUCGAGAUUUAAAUUUCUUAUGUUUCUGCGAUGUGUAGGUAAGAUAUUUUUUAACGCCUGCGUAUCCCAAUCUCGUAACGUUUUAAUAAACGUGAUUUGUUUUGUUUUUUCA